UUUCUAAGGAAAAGGAAGUUACAGCUAGUUUAUCAUUCAGUCUAAAGUCCAGUAGAGGAGCUGAGUGUGUGUUCAGGAGUGUGAUAUAAUAAACUGGUCGACUGUAAGAAACUACAGAUCGUAUUAUCAUAUAUGAGCUGAUGAGUGUCUCUACUGUAGGACUGGAGAUCCUGAUAAAGACAGAGCUGAACUUUUCUACCUGAAGACUCUGAAAGACUCUGAAAGACCCUGAAAGACUCUGAAAGACUCUGAAAGACUCAGACCUCAGAAUCAGCUUCAGCAAGCUCCUCAUCUUCUCAGUCACUCUAAAACAUCAGGAGACAGGCAAAUAAGAUCCAAAUAAUCUCUGAUAACUGCUGGUGGAGAUACCUCUGCUAAGGAUCUGUGGAAUUAGCCUUCAAAAUGGAGAAAGUAAUGGACAAUGAUCCUGCCUCACUACUGUAUCGCUGUUGAUCUUCUUGGAAAGGAAGAGGAACAGAGACUGGAGAAGGGGGGGGAGGGGUGAGGCAGUGAGAGAGAAAGCGAAAGCAACUUUAAUCUGACAAUGUUAUAAACGGAGGGAAGAGUUCAGAUAUCAGCACUUUGGAUUCGCUCGGACUGGAGAUCCUGAUAAAGACGGAGCUGAACUUUUCUACCUGAAGACUCUGAAAGACUCUGAACACUGACCUCAGAAUCAGGGAUGAAGUUCCUCUUUGUGAUGCUUCUGAUUUUCUCUGACUUUUUGGAGUCUAUGUCAGAGAACUUUAAAGUAGUUGGUCCAGCUGCUCCUCUUGUUGCUGAUGCUGGCGAAGACCUUGUUCUGCCCUGUUCUAUCAAACCGAGCAUCAGUGCUGUGGAUAUGAGAAUAGAGUGGUUUAGACUGCAUGAGACAGACACUCUAGUGCAUCUCUAUGAAGGUUAUGAAGACAGAAAUGAAUAUCAGAUGGAGUCUUACAGAGGGAGAACAGCUUUAUUUAAAGAAGAGCUGCGGAAAGGAAACACCUCCCUGAAACUCUCAGCAUUACGACUUUCUGAUGAAGGAACUUAUAAAUGUUACAUUGAAUCUGUCUUCUUGAAUGAUGAUGUGACUGUUUAUGUCGAAGUUAAAGGAAAAGGUUUUCAUGCUUGGAAGAUUGCCAUCAUCUGCAUUUCAGUUUUUGCCAUAAUAUUAAUUGCCUUUACAGGUUACAUCUUGAAAGAUAAAUUCUCAAAAAAGAAACUUUCUCCUAAACAAUGCUCAGUCAUAACCUACAUGCGUCUCCAGUCAGAGAAUGUGAAGAAAGAGUUGGACCUGAAGAGAUACAACACAUCAGAGGAGGGAUACAGGAGACUCAUCCCAGCUAUCACAAACUGCAGAAAGGCUCAAUUUGCUGACUGUAAUCUCACUGCACAGUCCCUUGAAACUUUGAAUACAGCUCUACAAACAGAAAACUGUUCCUUGAAAGAGCUGGACCUCAGUAAAAACGACCUACAGGAUUCAGGAGUGGAGAAGCUCUCUGCUGGACUGAGGAGUUCACACUGUAACCUGGAGAUACUCAGACUUGGUAUGUGUAAACUUAGUCAGCAGUCCUGUAACAUACUGCAGUCAGUUUUACAAACUGAGACCUCCUCACUGAAAGAACUGGACCUCAGUAACAACGACCUGCAGGAUUCAGGAGUGGAGCUGCUCUCUGCUGGACUGAAGAGUUCACACUGUAAACUGGAGAAACUCAGACUAGCUUUGUGUAAUCUUGGGAAAUAUACAUGUUACACUCUGGGAUCAGCACUGCAAGCAGAAACCUGGCCCCUGAAAGAACUGGACCUCAGUAAGAAUAAUCUACAGGAUUCAGGAAUGGAGGACCUUUCCCAUGGACUGAAGAGUCAACUCUGUAAACUGGAGAUACUCAGAUUAGCCAUGUGUAAUUUCACUCUGGAGUCUUGCAAAUCUCUCAUAUCAGCCCUACAAACAAAAAUCUCCACCCUGAAAGAGCUCAACCUUAGUAACAAUGAGCUGAAGGAUUCAGUAGUGGAGCUGCUCUCUACUGGACUGAAGACUGGAGACUGUAAACUGGAGAUACUCAGACUAGCUUUGUGUAAUCUUGGAGAAAAGACGUUUGAAAAUCUUGGAUCACUUUUAAAACAGGAAAACUCCGCCCUGAAAGAGCUGGAUCUCAGUAAUAAUGACCUGCAGGAUUCAGGAAUGGAUCUGUUAUCUGAUGGACUGAAGAAUUCACACUGUAAACUGGAAAUACUCAGAUUAUCUGGUUGUAUGAUCACAGAGAAAGGCUGUUCCUCUCUGGCUUCAGCUCUGAGUUCAAACUCCUCACACCUGAAAGAACUGGAUCUGACCUACAACCACCCAGAAGAAUCAAGAGUGAAGCUGCUCUCUGCUAGACUGGAGGAUCCACAGUGCUCACUGAGCACUCUCGGACUGGAACAUGCAGGUGAGAACAGAAUCAAACCAGGACUGAAGAAAUAUUCCUGUGAGUUCACUCUGGAUCCAAACACAGCGCACAGAUAUCUCUCUCUGUCUGAGGGGAACAGAAAGGUGCAGCGUGUGGGAUCUUCACAGUCGUAUCCUGAUCAUCCAGAGAGAUUUAAUUACUGGGAGCAGGUUCUGUGUAGAGAGAGUCUGACUGGACGCUGUUACUGGGAGGCUGAGUGGAGCGGGACGGUUUAUAUAGCAGUAACAUAUAAAUCAAUCAGCAGGAAAGGAGACAGUGCUGACUGUGGGUUUGGACGGAAUGUAAAGUCCUGGAUUCUGAGCUGCUCUAAUAACAGUUACUCUGUCUGUCACAAUAAUAACAGCACUGAACUCUCUGCUCGUCCCUCCAGCUCUGAGACAGUAGGAGUGUAUCUGGACUGUCCGGCCGGCUCUCUGUCCUUCUACAGCGUCUCCACUGAUAAACUGACCCAUCUACACACUUUCAACACCACAUUCACUGAACCGCUCUGCGCUGGGUUUGGGUUCGGUUAUGUUUAUGUUUGGGGUGAAGGCUCCUCAGUGUGUUUAAAAUAAAAUAACCUCCUGAGUGAAAAACACACACACACACACACAGAACACACACACACUCACUCACACACACACACA